AGGGAGUGUCGAACAGGAUCCGGAAGUGUGGGCUGCUCGCCGUCUCUCCCGGGCCUCUUUGGAGCAGAAGGACAGCUUUGUUUCCAUUCUUUCCUUCCUUCUUUCCUUCCAGGAUCCGAGGGGGGUCCUGUGGCUUUCGGAGAAGGAGCUUUUUGUCGGGAAGGAUGGAUCGAGGCCACCCGUCCAUGGAGGUCUUCAAAGAGGAACGGGGCCAGGAGGCCUCUCCGGAUCAUGACCAGAAGACGGGUCCUUCUCAUGGGCCGCAUGGGAUAUUCUUGAGAUCUUCUCAGUGGAAAGCAAAGGACGGAGGAGGAGGAGAUGGAGCUGGAGAUGGAGAUGGAGAUGGAGAUGGAGAUGGAGACCUAGAGAUGCAUCCAAGGAAGGACAGGACCCUCCCGGAUGAGGACGAAGGCGCCUCUCCAAUCGCAAAUCAGAAGGAUGGGACCGGGACUGGAUGUGCCUUUUGCGGGAAGUCCUUGAGCUCCGGAGCCAUCCUUGGACCAGAAGAAGGGAAAGGACCCCCCGUCUGCAUCUCCUGCAGAAAGAGCAGCCCCAAUGAGGGCCUUUCUGACGGACCUAGGUUUGAUAACCGAGGAGGAUCCUGCACUGUGGACGUCAUGAAAGAAGAGGAUUGUGGGAACGCGGACCCUCCGGGGAAAGACUGUUCUCCAGAACCAUUCAAGCUGAUCUCAAGACCAAUCAAGGAAGAAAUCUUUGAGGAAGACAGAGAAUCAAGGAUGCCACAGGAAAAAGUGAAGAAAGAAGUCUCUGAGGAAGAUGAAAAAUCAUGGAUGUUGAAGGAAGAAGUGAAGGGAGAAGUCUUUGAGGAAAAAGAAGAGUCAUGGAUGUUGGAGAAAGGAGUGAAGGAAGAAGCCUUUGAGGAGGAAGAAGAAUCAAAGAUGUUGGAAGAAGAAGUCAAAGGAGAGGUCUUUGAGGAAAAAGAGAAAUUAUGGAUGUUGGAGAAAGGAGUGAAGGAAGAAGUCUUUGAGGAGGAAGAAGAAUCAAGGAUGUUGGAGGAAGAAGUCAAGGGAGAGGUUUUUGAGGAAAAAGAGGAAUUAUGGAUGUUGGAGAAAGGAGUGAAGGAAGAAGUCUUUGAAGAAGAAGAAUCAAGGAUGUUGGAGGAAGAAGUGAAGGGAAAGGUCUUUGAGGAAGAAGAAGAAUCAUGGAUGUUGGAGAAAGGAGUGAAGGAAGAAGCCUUUGAGGAGGAAGAAGAAUCAAGGAUGUUGGAGGAAGAAGUGAAGGAAGAUGUCUUUGAGGAAGAAGAAGAAUCAAGCACGUUGGAGGAAGAAGUGAAGGAGGAAAUCUUUGGAAAAAAGGAUUUAAGGAUGUUGGAGGUAGAAGUGAAGGAGGAAGUCUUUGAGGAAGAAGAAGAAUCAAGCAUGUUGGAGGAAGAAGUGAAGGAAGAAAUCUUGGAACAAGAGGAUUUAAGGAUAGUGGAAGUAAAAGUGAAGGAGGAAGAAUUUGAGGAAGAAAUAUCAAGGACGCCGAAAGAAAACUCAGCCGAGAUUGAGUGGAGUAUACCAACCCCUUGGCUGACGGAUGAACUUUCUCAAAGUUGGAUCCAAAUCCCGAAGGGGAAGAAAAAGAAGAAUGGCCGCUCUUCACUUGGGAGAACAGCCCUCACCAAAUCCAGCCCUGACUCUCAGACAGAGGAAAAGCCCAAUAUGUGCCAGGAACGGCAAAAGACACGCCAGUGUCCAGAAUGCCAAAAGGACCCUCAGAGAAUAAAAAAAGGAGACAAGAUUUCACUCGAAAACAUCUCCACGGAAGAGAAACCCUACAAAUGCCCGGAGUGCGGAAUGAGCUUCGGCAACUCGAAGGGCUUCGCUACACACCGGCGUGUCCACACAGGGGAGAAACCCUACAAAUGCUCGGAUUGCGGGAAGAGCUUUGGCCGGAAACCGUACAAGUGCCAGGUUUGCGGCAAGACCUUGAGCAACAAACGCAACCUGACCUUCCACCAAAGGACCCACACGGGGGAGAAGCCCUACAAGUGCGCCGAUUGCGGGAAGCUUUUCAGCCAGAGCUCCAGCCUCCGCAUCCACAAGAAGAUCCACACCGGGGAGAAGCCGUACAAAUGCACGGAUUGCGGGAAGGGCUUCAGCCACAGCACGAACCUGAUCCAGCACCUCCGGAUCCACACCAACGAGAAGCCGUACACCUGCUCGCAGUGCCAGAAGAGCUUCCGGAGCAGCACCAAGCUGAACCUGCACAUGAGGGUCCACACCGCGGAGAAGCCGUACCAAUGCUCCGAGUGCGGGAAGAGCUUCAGCUACAAGUCCUACCUCCGGUUGCAUAAACGGAUCCACGACGGGGAGAAGCCCUACAAGUGCCAGGAGUGUGGGAAGAGCUUCCACCAGAGACAGCACCUGGUGUCCCACCAGCGGACCCACACCGGGGAGAAGCCCUACCAGUGCCUUGAGUGCGGGAAGACCUUCAGCCAGAGCUCGCACCGCAACCUCCACCAGCGGGUCCACACCGGGGAGAAGCCCUACAACUGCCUGGACUGCGGCAAGACCUUCAGCAACAACCGCAACCUGACCUUCCACCAAAGGACCCACACGGGGGAGAAGCCCUACAAGUGCCAGGAGUGCGGGAAGUGCUUCACCCAGAGCUCCAGCCUCCGCAUCCACGAGAAGAUCCACACGGGAGAGAAGCCGUACCAUUGCCUGGAGUGCGGAAAACACUUCAGCGACAUGAAGGGCUUCGCCACACACCGGCGCAUCCACUCGGGAGAGAAACUCUACAAAUGCUCGGAUUGCGGGAAGAGCUACGGCUGGAAGGCGAUCCUCGUGAAACACCAGAGAAUCCACACCGGGGAGAAGCCGUACAAAUGUCUGGAGUGCGGGAGGGCCUUCCGCUUCACCUCCAGCCUGGCUUCGCAUAAGAAGAUCCACACCGGGGAGAAGCCGUACAAAUGCAUGGAAUGCGGGAAGGACUUCAGCCACAGCACCAGCCUGAUCCAGCACCUCCGGAUCCACACCGACGAGAAGCCGUACACCUGCUCGCAGUGCCAGAAGAGCUUCCGGAGCAGCACCAAGUUGAACCUGCACAUGAGGGUCCACACCGCGGAGAAGCCGUACCAAUGCUUGGAGUGUGGGAAGAGCUUCAGCUACAACUCCUACCUCCGGUUGCAUAAACGGAUCCACAACGGGGAGAAGCCCUACGAGUGCCAGGAGUGUGGGAAGAGCUUCCACCAGAGGCCACACCUGGUGUCCCACCAGCGGACCCACACCGGGGAGAAGCCCUACCAGUGCCUUGAGUGUGGUAAGACCUUCAGCCAGAGCUCGCACCGCAACCUCCACCAGCGGGUCCACACUGGAGAGAAACCCUACAAUUGUCUGGACUGCGGCAAGACCUUCAGCAACAACCGCAACCUGACCUUCCACCAAAGGACCCACACGGGGGAGAAGCCCUACAAGUGCUUCGAGUGUGGGAAGUGCUUCACCCAGAGCUCCAGCCUCCGCAUCCACGAGAAGAUCCACACGGGAGAGAAGCCGUACCAUUGCAUGGAGUGCGGGAAGAAGUUCAGCUGCAGCUCGAGCCUCAUCUAUCACCAGAAGACCCACGCCGUGGACAAGCUCUACAAGUGCUUCGAGUGCGGGAAGAGCUUCGGUCAGAGCCAGCGCCUUAUGAUGCACAGCAAGAUCCACAAGAAGAAAGUAUAAGUGGGUCGAGAUACACUUGUCAUAGAAGGACUACAAAGGAAUGCGUCCCGAGAAGGGCAUGGUCCUCUGUAGGCCUCUAUAGGAGGAGGAUAGUGUCUAGAUCGAGGGAGGCCAUUGUCCAUAUAAAGCCGUGGUUCUCAACCUGUGGGCCCCCAGGUGUACAACUCCUAGAAAUCCCAUCCAGUUUACCAGCUGUUACGAUUUUUGGGAGUUGAAGGCCAAAACAUCUGGAGACCCACAAGUGGAGAACCACAGCUAUAAAGGAAUGUGCCCAGUGAAAUGUAUGUUCCUCUGUAGGCUUCUGUAGGAGGAUAGCCAUAGACUAUUUGGAUUUGGUCAGACCUCAUCUGUGAUAAUAACCCUGUCCCAAAAUUCAAAGAGGAGAUGGACAAGAUGGACAAGAUGGAAGGGGUCCAGAGAAGGGCCGACGAAAUGGUCAGACGUUUGGAAGCCAAGAAUCUCUUUGAGGAACAUCUUCAGGAGCUGGAGAUGUUUAGCUUGGAGAAGAGACAGGAACAGGAGAGCCUCGUUUAGAUAUUUGGAAGGAUGUCCCAUUGAGGAGGAAAGGGCCACCUUCCUUUCUGCUUCUCCAGAGACCAGGACACAAUGGAGCAAUGGCUUCAAAUGACAUGAAAAAGGAUUCCAACUAAACAUUAAGAAGGCCUUCCUAACGAUCAGAGCUUCUCAGUGGUGGAAUAUAGAGUAUUUGAGAGUCCGGAAGAGUCUCCUUCUCUAGUUGUAAACAGACUGGAUGGCCGUCUGUCAGGAGGACUUUGAUGGUGUCUUCCUGCCUGGCAGAAUUGAGUUGGACUGGAUGGAGUCCCUUCCAACUCUACAAUUAUUUGGUUCUGAUGAUUAUAAUAGUACAGUAGAAUCUCACUUAUCCAACGUAAUCAGGCCGGCAGAACGUUAGAUAAGCAAAUAUCUUGGAUAAUAAGGAGAGAUUAAGGAAAAGCCUAUUAAACAUCAAAUUAGGUUAUGAUUUUACAAAUUAAACACCAAAACAUUAUGUUAGACAACAAAUUUGACAUAAAAAGUAGUUCAAUAUGCAGUAAUGCUAUGUAGUAAUUACUGUAUUUACGAAUUUAGCACCAAAAUAUCAUGAUGUAAUGAAAACAUUGACUACAAAAAUGCAUUGGAUAAGCCAGAACGUUGGAUAAGCAAGUGUUGGAUAAGUGAGACUCUACUGUAAAUAACAACAACAAGCAGAGGCUGGAUGGCUGUCUGUUGGGAGAGUUUUGAUUGUGUCCUCCUUUCUUGGCAGAAUGGGGUCAGAUGGAAUGGCAUUUGUGGGUAUAUUUUAUAACAGCUUUUACGUUCCCAAGACGAAAAAUUUGGAUUGCUGCAAUGCACACUCUGCACAUGGUCUUUUUGAAAACAGUUUGAAAACUUCACAAAGUUUUAAAAAUGAUAUGGAGCAAGUUGCAGGCAACAUAUGUAUAAUGCAUUGUCAAAGGCUUUCAUGGCCAGAAUCUCGGUCGCUGUGAGUUUUUUGGGCUGUAUGUCCCUGUUCCAGUAGCAUUCUGUCCUGAUGUUUUAUGUUCAUCUGUGGCUAAUGGCAUCUACAGAGGUUCUGUUGCUAGUGAGGCAAUAUAUACCUGUGGAAUAAUGACCCUGGUCUGCUUAAAGCAAGUGUGGAUGUUGCAAAUUAGCAAGCUUGAAUUAGUCAAACAGUGGGGGUAUCUGCAUAUUAUUAUUAUAUUUAUAUCCCGCUUUUUCUUUCUAUAUGGAGACUUAAAGCGGCCGACAACUCAAAGCAUUUCAGUUCAACUUAAAAUAUACAAGUAUACAAAGAUUAAAACAGUAUCAAACAACAUUAGUAUUAAAACAGUGCAGGUUUAAAAUCACAUUACAAGAUGUUAGGGAUUCCAAGGGGAGCAGGAAAGUGUUCAUGAAUCUGAAGGUGAGUUGGAAUCUGAGGAGGAGAUUUUGCAAGUACCCACAUUUCAGGAGAGGCGAAAGGAAACAGAGCAGAGAUGUCGUUCAGCUAGAAUAGCUGCCAGAAAUGCAGCUGAGUAAUUAGGACCACACCUGGAAUACUGUAUCCAAUUCUGGGCACCGCAGUGGAAGGGAGAUGUUGACAAGCUGGAAAGCGUCCAGAGGAGGGCGACUAAAAUGAUUAAGGGUCUGGAGAACAAGCCCUAUGAGGAGCGGCUUAAAGAGCUGGGCAUGUUUAGCCUGCAAAAGAGAAGGCUGAGAGGAGACAUGUUAGCCAUGUACAAAUACGUGAGGGGAAGUCGUAGGGAGGAGGGAGAAAGAUUGUUUUCUGCUGCCCUGCAGACUAGGACACGGAACGAUGGCUUCAAACUACAGGAAAGGAGAUUCCACCUGAACAUCAGGAAGAACUUCCUCACUGUGAGAGCUGUUCUACAGUGGAACUCUCUCCCCCGGACUGUGGUGGAGGCUCCUUCCUUGGAGGCUUUUAAGCAGAGGCUGGAUGGCCAUCUGUCAGGGGUGCUUUGAAUGCGAUUUCCUGCUUCUUAGCGGGGGGUUGGACUGGAUGGCCCAUGAGGUCUCUUCCAACUCUACUAUUCUAUGAUUCUAACUGCCCUAGCAGCUGGAAGGUGACUCAGGGCUAUGAAGCAGAAGCAGGUGCAGCCCGCUCUUGCUGGUAACCAACUGACUCUUCGCUCCCCUUGUGCCUGCUUCAAGUCUGCAUCUGGAAAACUGCUCCUAAGGUUUUAUUGCUGUUUCUUUGUCUGACGUAAGUCUGCUAUUUGAUUUGGGAAUUUAACACAGACUAAGAACUGUGUUUACCCUAAGACUUCCUUGCUUCCUUUCGCAUUAUUCCAGAGUGUGCUAUACUUUAUGUUUUGCUGAAGUAAAGCAGUUUUCCACAGUGUUUCAAGGCUGUUCUUGAAAGACAAAACAGGACACAAAAUCACAGCAGCUCUUGAUGGUCUUAAAUACCAUCUUUAAAAGCCUGCCUGAAUUGAAAGGUUUUAACCUGCCGCCAGAAGGACAGCAAGGAGGGGGCCAUUCUGGCUUCCUUGGGAAGAAGAAGGGAGUUGUAGAGUUGAGGAGCAUUUGCCACCAAGAAGGAAGGCCCACUUCCUCUUGUUCCCACCCACUGGGCUUGAGAUGGAGGUGGGACCGAGAGAAGGAAGGGCCUCUCCUGACGGGUAUCUCAGCGUCUGGAAUGCAGGUUCAUACAAGGGGAUGUGGUCAGCCAAAUAGCCUGGACCUGGACUGUCUAGAGCAGAUUACAGUAUUUACACACAUAGGCAAACAUUCAAUGCCUUUACAAUCACAGAUACAGUGAAAUAUACAAACGUAAACAAAGGCAAGGCUUCUCCUUUCAUUUCCGGCUUCUGGAGGCAGUGCUCAUCUCUGGCUUCUGGGAGGUGCUUUUCUCAAUUUUCAAGCCGAGGAGUGUUGAUUACUUCCCAAUCGUCUGGACGGCAAGAUUGGCUGGAGCGUCUCUUGCCUUAUUCCCACCUGAAGUGGUACCUAUUUAUCUACUCACAUUUGUAUGUUUUCAAACAGCUAGGUUGGCAGGAGAGCUAGGGCCAACACCCUGUCUUGCGGAUUCGAACUGCCGAUCUUCAGGUCAGCAGUUCAGCCAGCACAAGGAUUUAACCCAUUGUGCCAUUGCAACUAAGGCAUGGACCACCACGGCCAGAUUUGGCUUCUCAAGGAAUGGCCGCUGUUGGAGCACAAGUUUUAAUUGUGCAAAGGCUCUCCUCUGUCUUGUCUAGAUUAAGUUUCAGUUUGUUUGCCCUCAUUCAGUCUAUUGUUUAUGGCACACACUGGUUUAGCAUCAGGACAGCUUCCUUGGCUUUAGGUGGGAAGGUGUAGUAGAGUUGGGUGUCAUCUGCAUAUAUGUGUCAUCAUACUCCAAAUCUCCGGAUGACCUCUCCCAGUAGUUUCAUGUAUAUGUUGAACAGCUUGGGGGACACAAUGGAACCCUAAAGAACCCCACAGGUCAAUGGCCGGGGGUUCGAACAGAAGUCCCUUAGCUCCACCUUCCCUUCAGGAAGGACCGGAACCACUGCAAGACAAGGUCUCCCAGUCCCAUCCCAGUGAUGGUCCAGGAGACCAUGGUCAGUGGUAUCGAAAGCCGCUGAGAGAUCCAGGAGAAUCAACAGGGUCCCCUUCCCCCUUUCUAUGGAGGUCAUCCACCAAGGUGACCAAAGCCUUCUCUGUUCCAUAGCCAGGCCUGAAACCAGUCAGAAAUGCAUCUAGAUCAGUGGUUCUCGAUCUGUGGGUCCCCAGAUGUUUUGACCUUCCAAGUCCCAGAAAUCCUAACAUCUGGGAAACUGAGUUGUAGGCCAAAACACCUGGAGACCCACAGGUUGAGAACUACUGAUCUAGAUAGUCCAUUUUGUCCUGAAGCCCCUGAAGUUGGGAGGCCACCACAGGCAACAGAGGAAGCCUGGCCUUUGUUGCCUGGAGGCGCAAAUGAUCAAGGGGUUGGACUGGAUGGCCCAUGAGGUCUCUUCCACGUCUGUUAUUCUAUGGAUCCAAGUACCAUCUUCCUUUCCUCUGCUCGGGAGACCAGGACACAUUAUCUAUGGUCUUGAUUCUGGUGUUUUUAAAUACUCUAUGCAGAUACUCUCACUGAUUGCAGACUUCAUGGCUACUCAUGCUAUUCAAGCUUGCUAAUCGCAAUAUUCACUAGGCAUGUCCGAUCAAUGAAAAAAAUGUUUCAGUUCUUGUUUCUAAAGUAGGGGGCGCUGGCACUUCGAUAUAGAAAGUAUUUCCGAUUUUUUCACCCCAAAAUUUUGGAUAUUUCCGAAAAUUCGUAUUGAUUCUAAAUGUUUCUAAAAUGGCAGAAAUGUUUCUAAAAUGGCAGAAAAUUGCAUGCGCAAUCGCUACACCCCGGGCUUGUAUGGCAAUCUUCCAUGUGGACGCAGAGGACGUUAGCCCCCACCUUUGCAUCCAUCGUGGAAGCUUCUGAUUGGCCGGGGAGCGGCAGCCGGGUUAGGCUGCGCUAAGCUCCCAUUCAAGGUAGGUUGUAGAAACAAGAAAAUGUUUUUAAAUAUUUUAAAAAAUAUAUUUUUAAAAAAAAAUUUGGGGGGGGGGAAUUAACGAAACAUUAAGAGACAAUUAGAGGAUGGGCCAACAAUGGUUCGAAUUACAUUGCUGGUUGCGCUGUGAGACAAUGUCUCGGAAUGCGUAUCAAAAAGCGAGAACAAUCCAAAAUAAUUCCGAUACACGAUUCAAAACGAUUUUUGGACAUGUCUAAUAUUCACACUUGCUUCAAAUAGACAAGGGUUCUUUCUCCCACCCCGGGCAUUAUUCCACAGGUAUGAUGUUUGGGUAUUCAGUCCAGCGGAGUUGAUGGCGUAGGAGCAUCGCGUCAAUGCUGGUGGUCUUUGCUUCUUCCAGAACACUGACAUUUGCCUGCCUGUCUUCCCAAGAGAUUGGCAGGAUUCUUCAGAGGCAACGCUGGUGGAAUCGCUCCAGGAGUUGAGUAUGACGUCUGUAGAGAGUCCACGUUUCCCAGGCGUAGAACAGGGUUAGUUUCAUCAACAAGCACCUUGGUAUCUCUACGGAUGUCCCGAUCCUCAAACACUCUGCUUAAAUUGUAUGCAGACAUACAAAGAUUAUUAUUAUUUUAUUAUGUCACAGCAAACAAGAUAGAUAUGCUGGAUUUCAUAUCACAAAACCACAAGUCGAACACUUCCCAAGUGUCUAGGACUGUGUGAUGUAUUUUUGGAUGAUGCGCGCAGAUCCCAGCAGGGUGGCCUUUUGCAGUUGGCAGAUCAUAAUUUUGUCAAUGUUUAUUGUUUCCAAAUGCCGGCUGAGAUCUUUUGGCACGGCACUCAAUGUGCCCAUCACCACCGGGACCACCUGCACUGGUUUCUGCCAGAGUCUUUGAAGUUCAAUCUUGAGGUCCUGAUAGCGGCUGAGUUUUUCCUGUUGUUUUUCAUCAAUGCGACUUUCACCUGGGAUGGCAACAUCAAUGAUCCAAACCUUUUUCUUUUCCACAACUGUGAUGUCUGGUGUGUUGUGUUCCAGAACUUUGUCAGUCUGGAUUUGGAAGUCCCACAGUAUCUUUGCGUGUUCAUUUUCCAAUACUUUUGCAGGUUUGCAAUCACACCAGUUAUUAUUAUUAUUACUUUAUUAUGACACAGCAAACGAGAUCUAUAUGCUGGAUUUCAUAUCACAAAACCACAAGUCGAAUACUUCCCAAGUGUCUAGGACUGUGUGAUGUAUUUUCGGAUGAUGCGCACAGAUCCCAGUCGGGUGGCCUUUUGUCAAUGUCUAUUGUUUCCAAAUGGCGGCUGAGAUCUUUCGGCACGGAUUAUUAUUAUUAUUAUUAUUAUUAUUAUUAUUAUUAUUAUUAUAUGCUGGUGACAGGAAGGCCUCCUCACCACGAUCGUUUUCUAGAAAGUUGAAAUAUUUGAAUUUACAUUUUUCCGGUUUUUGUUUUCGUUUCAAAUAUAUCGUUAAUUUAAAGAUAUUUCUCAUCUCCUUUCCCAGCCUUCCCUUUGCUUAGUUGUAUUAUUAUUAUUAUUAUUAAUUAUUGACACAACAACAUAGUAUGACACAGCAAACAAGAUAGAUAUGCUGGAUUUCGUAUCACAAAAUCACAAGGCAAAUAUUUCCCAAGCGUUUAGGACUGUGGGAUGUAUUUUCGGAUGAUGAUGAUGAUGAUGAUGAUGAUUAUUAUUAUUAUUAUUAGACAUGCAACAAGAUGAGUCCACAGUAAACAAGAUCACUUUGCUGGCUUUUGUAUUGGAUUACACAGUUCCCAAGUGUCUAGGACUAUGUCAUGUAUCAGCGAAUAAUGUGUGCAGAUUUAUUAUUUAUUACAGUCCUGUCUCUUAGAUAAACAGGACUCCAAAGGCAAACAACAGGAAUGUAUUUAAAACAAGUUGAAAUAAUGCAAAAAGUCCAGAAGAAUUUUUUAAAAACCAAUUAACCAAUGUAUAAAUUGAAACAUUAAAAUUGCAUCAAAAGAC